AUGUACAGACUUCACUUUCUAAGGAGAGUGAUCACUCCAUUCACUCAGCCAAGGAAACAUCCCUCAUGCUAUCUGUGUGGAGAGACAGGUCACUCACGACAGAGAUGUCCUAAUGCAUUGUGUUUCAACUGUCAUCAACCGGGACAUCAAAUGAAAGACUGUACUGAGCGAUGGAGAAGACUAUCAGAAGAAUGUUAUCGAUGUCAGCAAAGUGGUCAUAUUGGAAAGGAAUGUCCAGAUAUUUGGCGACAGUUACAUUUAACUGUUAAGUAUGGUUCUAUGCAGCAAGCACCUUUAAACAAAAACAAAAAUGUCUUUUGUUAUAACUGUGGUAGAGCUGGACACUUUGGUCAUAUAUGUAAUAAAAGCAGAAUGAUAAAGUCUAUUAUACCAAUGACGCCUUUUAUAUGUCGAUAUGACAAUUGGAAGCAGAUUAAUAAUAGAUUCAAUGAGAUGACAAGUCAGCCAGGUAAACAGAAAAGAAAGCGACACUCAUCUAAUAAACACAAGUUUUUUGAUGAGGAAGAGGAUGAGAAGGAUGAUUAUGAAGCAGUUUGGUUUAAAAACAAAAAAACAAAAACAAAAAAUGGAUUCCAUCAAACGAUAACCAGAACCAUAGAUAAUCAUAAAGUUAAGACAAAGACAAAAUGGUCAAAUAACUUUCCUGUACAAGAUAAAAAUAAGUAUAAGAAAAAAAAUAAAAACAGUUUUGCCGGUGAGCCUGCCAAGAUGGCCGCUCCCAUGGCAAACCCACGAGGUGGUGACCCGUUUUCGGGUCUUACUCGCAAGCACGGGAUUAAGUGCGAAUCUGUUGACGGUGUAGGAAUUGAGGCCUAUGUACAGGCAAUACCCUCUAUUGUUGGGGCAAAAA